AUGCCAAAGAACUCUCCUAUCUAACAUUCCAUUGUGUCCGCAUAAGAACAAUAGGCCUGUCUCUUACAGCAAAUUACAGACGCCAUCCUCCUCUUAAACGCGCUGAUUUUCUUUUGUUGUCAGGAUCCAUCCAUCAAAGUUUCCCUUAGAAAGGAUUUUGUCACACUGACUAUGCCCUUCACCCAACACGGUCAACAAGCCAGUGCCAAAAUUGACACCUACAACGACGUUGGUGGACAGCAAUCUAACACGACCAGCACUGAUAAUUCUCGGAAAGACAAUGUCGGGAACACUACUACUACGACUAAUACAAACUCGAACAACAACUCUUCUGUCACGCAAACAACCGAGGCCGGUCGCAGCUGAUAUUACUAUUACUUGCAGACCCCCUCCCCCGAUCUUCCUUGAACUAAGGGGUGAGAGGUAAAGAAUACUCAGCUAGCGUUCUUAGAAUUUUUGAGACUAUGCAGAGAUAUUUGAAAGAAAAUUAUCAGGUUAACUUCCUGAAUAGUAAUAUUAUCAGAAGUACCCUUUGAAUGGUGCCGUUUGGUGGGCUUCUGCCGUGGAGGUUGUCAUUGUAUGACUAUGUUUCUUGCUUCUCCGUUUGUAG